UGGAGGCUGAGGCAGUGAUUGGAGGGCAGGCUGGAAGUAUAAGGGGAGGGAGACGCGGACCGCAGCGUCCCAAAGAACCAGCCGGCCUCAGAUGUCACACAAACCCCGGAGUCAGCCCCGGCCAAAAGCUCGCCAUGAAUCCGGCCCGAUCCUCGGUUCGGCUGUGACCAGUGCCCCGGAGGUGACCGUCGUUUACGCGCACGAUCGCGCAAAAAGUGUCCGCAAUCCGGGAGAAACUGUGAACUUUCUGUCGCUGCGGAACUAAAAAGGCAGGCUGGUGUGUUUUUUAUUUUUUGGUUGUUGUUGUUGUUGGAGGAUUUCUUUUUUAUUUUUUUAUUUCUUAAAUCGAAGGGGAAUAAUUUGGUCCGAGUCUCUGCACCGACAUGGAGUACACGUCAUCCCCGAAACCGCAGCUGUCAUCCCGGGCAAACGCUUUCUCCAUAGCCGCCCUGAUGUCCAGCGGGAAGUCCAGCAAGGACAAGGAUCCGGAGGAGAACACCAUCAAGCCCCUCGAGCAAUUCGUGGAGAAGUCCUCCUGCAACCAGCAGUCUUUGGCUGACCUGUCCUCCCUGGACGGGCACGGGGACUUCAGCGGGAGCGCGCCCUCCGUGUGCACGGAGCCGCUCAUCCCCACCAAUCCCGGCAUCCCGAGCGAGGAGAUGGCCAAGAUCUCCUGCAGCCUGGAGACCAAAGAGCUGUGGGACAAGUUCCACGAGCUGGGCACCGAGAUGAUCAUCACGAAGUCCGGAAGGAGGAUGUUUCCAACCAUCCGGGUCUCUUUCUCCGGCGUGGACCAGGACUCUAAGUACAUCGUGUUGAUGGACAUCGUCCCCGUGGACAACAAACGGUACCGGUACGCCUACCACCGCUCCUCCUGGCUGGUGGCCGGCAAGGCCGACCCCCCUCUGCCUGCAAGAGUUGACGAGUUCUUCUUCUUCGGCAGGUUGUACGUUCACCCGGACUCGCCGUUCACCGGAGAGCAACUGAUGAAGCAAAUGGUUUCCUUCGAGAAAGUUAAGCUGACAAACAACGAGCUAGACCAACAUGGACAUAUCAUCCUCAACUCCAUGCACAAGUACCAACCACGGGUCCACAUCAUAAAGAAGAAGGACCACACCGCCUCGCUGCUCAAUCUCAAAUCUGAGGAGUUUCGCACCUUCGUCUUCAUUGAGACGGUCUUCACCGCCGUCACAGCCUAUCAGAACCAGCUGAUAACCAAACUGAAGAUCGACAGCAACCCGUUUGCCAAAGGCUUCCGGGACUCCUCGCGGCUGACGGACAUGGAGAGGGAAAGUGUUGAGAAUCUGAUCCACAAGCACUCCUACGCCCGGUCGCCCAUCCGGACCUACGCCGGAGACGAGGAGAACCUGAGCGAGGACGGACACGCCGCACACACCCGAGGAUCGGCGUUCACAGCCUCCGACAACCUCUCCCUCAGCUCCUGGGUCACCACCACCUCGGGCUUCACCGGCUUUCAGCACCCGCAGUCCCUGUCAGCCAUGGCCACCAGCCCCGCCUCCUUACCCCACCCCAUCCAGGGCUCCCUGCCCCCCUACGGCCGGCUGGGCAUGCCGCUGACCCCCACCGCCCUGGCCGGGAGCAUGCAGGGCAGCGGGCCGUCCUUCCCCUCCUUCCACAUGCCCCGCUACCACCACUACUUCCAGCAGGGGCCCUACGCGGCCAUCCAGGGACUCCGCCACUCCUCCACCGUCAUGACGCCCUUCGUAUGACUCCCCCCCUCCCCCCCCC